AUGCAAGUUUAUUUCGAUAUGAACUACACGACACGUGAAGAAUUUCUAACGGAACAUCGACGUGUACUAGAAACUCGUCUUCAACCAAUUACACGUGAAAUUACCGACAAUCGAGCAACAACAAAGGAUGAACUCGAAUCUCUCUACCGAAAGAUAGUUUCAAGUGUUCUACUUCGAUCUGGACUUGAUAUCUCGGUUGUUCGUGAAGCUACUGCCGCUUUACAAAGUGUUUUCCCACAAACUGAACUAGGAAACUUUCUCAAUCUUUCGAAGCGCGAUAAAGAUCGACAACUGAUUGAACUAACUCAGAUUGUAACUGGUAUUCGUCUAUUCAACAAAGAAUGUGGCAAAGGUGGCGAAGGAAUCGAUAAUUUACCAGCUAUCUUAAACGAAGCGAUACCUGCCACAUUGAAAGAAAUUCAACAGCAGACAGACGAUGUUGUUGACACAAGUGAAAAGUUUAUUGCUGUUCUCGAUACGAUGACAACUCUGUCACAAAAACAACUAAGUAAUGAGACCACGAAACAGAAAAUUCAACAAGCAAUGAUCAACUCUCGACAGCUCGAACUUUAUCUAAAUAUACUAGCGAACGAUGCACGACAAAGCGCACGUGAAGUGGAUGAGUUAUUGUCACAAUUCAAUGCUCGUCUAGAUCAAUUGAAAACUACCAUACAAAAUCGAACAGCUGUGCCGACAGCUCAAGUCUAUCCUCAAUUUAUGCAUUUAGCUGUCAUCUGGUUUAGUUUUCAAGACGAAAUGGUUCUACUUAGUGUUCUGUCAAACAUAUUAUACAGUCUUGAGCCAUAUACAGUCAAUACGAAAGAAUUACUAGCUGACGAAGCGAUCAAGAAGUAUUUAGCGAAAGUUUCGAUCGUCACUGACAAACAACGUUUACAAGCGAACAAUAGUGGUAAUGUUGUUCAACCUGAAGAUCGAAGCGAAGGCACAUGGUACUAUCCAGAAACGACGAAGAAUUACGAUAAAUUGCCUUUGAUGUAUAAAGGUUUUUGUGCCUAUCAUCUAGCUUUGAAUGACUUCAAAUUAGUUCACGGUGAUCCACGUAUUGGUGUUGUACAAGUCAAUGACCGGUUUUACUCAUUCAGUGAACCAAAAGAUGCGGUUUUAUUCUGUCGAAAACCUUCAACCUACAUCGAAGCUAUCGCUAAUAAUGCCAAGUACAAUCCUGAAUUGAUUCAGCUGCUUGAUCUACAUGCACAUUUUUCCAAUAUUGCGCCAUACGGUGAUUUAACUCAAUCAUCAUCCAAACCACAUUUGAAAGCUGAUUCGGGCACACAAACAGACACACAUUUUCACGAGAAAAAUAUUGUCAAAGAUUAUGAAUGGAAUGAAUGGGAACUACGACGUAAAGCUAUCAAAUUAGCUAAUUUACGACGACGUUUAACCAAGUCGAUUCAAACAAAUGGGAGCAACUUUCGACGUGAGAAUGCUACCCAAGUUUAUCUACCAAAAGAACAAUACGUUCAAACAAAACGAGAUAAUUAUACGAAUGUUCCACAGCCUAAAGUGUAUCUUAGUGGUAUUCGAGGACAUCAACGUAAUGAAGAUGGCGAAUUUCUUCCAGCAGAUGUUAAAAAAGUUGAUUUAACACUUGACAUUGAUGAAUAA